AUGGAGCAUCCUAGGGAUCCUGCAGUCCACCCUUUAAAGAUCGCCUCAAGCCUUGUCUCUCCCAGAUCCUUUCUCUUCUCUCAAAAACCGUCGGGGCCACCGGCUUCCAAACCUCUACAGAAAAUGGACAGAUCCCAACAGCCCAGUUCCUUCCAACAGCUGGAAAAGCUCGGUGAAGGAACCUAUGCUACCGUCUUCAAGGGGCGAAACCGCCAGACUGGCGAGAUGGUGGCGUUGAAGGAGAUUCAUCUGGAUUCGGAGGAGGGCACUCCGUCGACCGCUAUUCGUGAGAUCUCUCUGAUGAAGGAGCUUAAGCACGAGAGCAUUGUCUCACUUCACGACGUCAUCCACACCGAGAACAAAUUGAUGCUCGUCUUCGAGUUCAUGGACCGCGACCUGAAGCGGUAUAUGGACACCCGUGGAGAUCGCGGACAGCUCGACCCCGCCACCGUCAAAUCAUUCAUGCACCAACUCCUCAAAGGUAUCGCAUUCUGCCACGACAACCGAGUGUUGCACCGCGAUCUCAAGCCCCAGAACCUCCUCAUCAACAAGAAGGGACAACUUAAGCUAGGUGACUUUGGACUGGCUCGCGCCUUCGGCAUUCCCGUCAACACCUUCUCCAACGAAGUUGUGACUCUGUGGUACCGAGCCCCAGACGUUCUUCUCGGCAGUCGCACCUACAACACCAGUAUCGACAUCUGGUCCGCUGGCUGCAUCAUGGCGGAGAUGUACACCGGCCGACCGCUGUUCCCCGGCACCACCAACGAGGACCAACUGAUCAAGAUCUUCCGUUUGAUGGGCACUCCGUCCGAACGUACCUGGCCCGGGAUCUCACAGCUGCCAGAAUACAAGACCAACUUCCACGUUUACGCCACGCAAGACUUGUCUAUGAUCAUUCCUCAAAUCGACCCCGUCGGAAUGGACCUUUUGCACCGCAUGCUCCAACUUCGUCCUGAGCUGCGCAUCAGUGCCACUGAAGCUCUCAAGCACCCGUGGUUCCACGAUCUGCCCCAGAUCCAGGCUCAAUUGCAGCAACAGCACCAGCAGCAACAGAUGGCCGGGUAUGGGGGCAUGAUCCCCCCGCAGCCUGCGUACUGA